CGAAUCCACUGUCUCAAGAAUAGUCCCUAUCAUACAUGUCUCAGAAAGCCCUUCUCCUCAAGUCCAAGCAGGGCGCCUUUGAACUCGGUUCCAGGGACAUCCAAAAGCCAGGCGUUGGCGAAGUCCUCGUUAAGUCAUAUGCGGCUGCGUUGAACCCUGUCGAUUGGAAGAUACAAGCGUAUGGCAUCUUCCUCCAGGACUCCGACUACCCUGCAGUCCUUGGUCAAGAUACCGCAGGCGUUGUGGAAGAGGUCGGCGCAGGCGUCACUCAUGUGGCCAAGGGUGACAGAGUUACCGCUCGAGGCGACAUGGUGAGGUCCAACUAUGCCAGCUUUCAACAGUAUAUGCUUGCCGAUGCGCACUUUGUAGCCAAGAUCCCCGAUUCGAUAUCUUUUGAUGAGGCAUCGUCUAUCCCCCUUGGCAUAGAUACAGCUACAAUCGGUCUCUUUGGACCUGCGGACGGGAAAUUGGCAUUCCCCGACAGCCCCGACAUCUAUAAGGGACAAACCAUCUUUGUUCUUGGUGGCUCCUCAUCUGUGGGCCUUUAUGCCAUACAGGCCGCUCAUCUUGCUGGCUUUUCCACGAUCAUCACAACCUCGUCUCUGACGCAUGAGGGUUAUCUGAAAUCACUCGGUGCCACGCAUGUCGUCGACAGGCAUCUUUCCCCAGACGAAGUGGCUGCCCGUGUUAAGACAAUCACCUCAGAUCCUAUCAAGAUUGUCUACGAUGCUAUCUCUGAGGCGGACACUCAGAAGGCUGCAUGGUCUCUGCUCGCACCAGAUGGUCACUUGGUGUUGACCCUGCCGCCGACGAUUCAACCUGAGGCAGGCGACAAUCGCACGCUCAAGUCAGUCUAUGGAAGCCCUUAUGCGCCACCCAACGCGGAGUUCAGCAGGAAGUGGUGGGCUAAGCUGCCCGAGUGGCUCAACGAAGGAAAGAUUAAGCCUAACAAGGUCGACGUGCUACCCGGAGGCCUCGAAGGUGCGGUAGCUGGCUUUGAACGUAUGAAGGCGAACAAAGUUAGCGGAGUGAAGUUGGUCGUGCGCCCUUUUGAAGGGACUUAAAUAUCAGUGUUCAGGACCAGCGCAGGACAUGGGCCUUCCACUUCACGUAGCAGAACUGUAUUUGUACUCAGCUCAUAGAAAUCGUGCACGUAUAUGCCCAUAUAAUGAACCAUGCUUAC